AUGGCUUUACACCGCGGUUCAGAAGUUGCAACAGCCAGGGGCACAGAUGCCAUCCCAUGCCAUGCAGGCAGCAAGUUACGACAACUGCUGACGUCCAACACCUUCAGGAAGAGCUGCGAGCCAAGCCUCCUGCGCCAGCAGGAUCCCCAGUGGCUGUCUCCCACCACGGCUACACCAAGCGUUGGAUCGAUGAUCGAGGUGUCUGCGCCUACAAAUGUGUCCGAGGACGUUCAGAUGAUGCUUCGACAGCAGGAACAGCGACGUUUGGGCGACGUUUCGCAGAUGGAGAUGCGCCUGCACGGCUUGCGCGCGUCCAUCGACGGAUGCCUCAAGAGUUCCGACCUUGAGGCGUUGCGGGAGCGACUGACGCGAGAGCUAGAUGAGAUAGCGCGGAGAUGCAAAGAGGAGCUUGCGUCCCUCGCAAAGUGGCUGCAGACGGAUGCAGCUGCAGAGAGACAAAAGCAGCAGGAGAACUUCCAGAAGCUUCGAUCCAAGGUCGAAUCGCACCUGUCUCUGGUGGAGUCUGGCAGAAAAGAGGCUGCAGAGCCUCGUCCAGCUAGCAGCCAGGCUGAUCUUGCGCACGCAGGAUAUCAGGAGCCCCUUGCCCCAGCUGAGAUGCGCUCGAAUGAACCCAGGCAGCCAACUGCAGAUGACUUGGCGCUGAGGUCCAGAGUGGCCCAACUAGAGUCUUCAGUCAAGGAGUUGGACAAGCUCUCCAUGGUGCUUGCUCCACCGCCCAAAGGUCCCUCCGAGAUCGAUCCCCAGAUCUUACAGCGCUUCACAGAGGUUGACAAGGCACACUUGUCCAACAUCCAGCGUUUUUCAGAGAUUGAGCAGCGCUUGAGCCGCGUUGAGACCAGUGUGCCAGCGGCCAUGCCAAAGGCCAAGGCUGGUGGUGACUGGCAGGGCCCUCUGAGCGAACUCCAGUCCAGUCACGCAUCUUUGGCAGAGGAAUUGCAAGCUUCUGCUGGGGAAGUCUCAACUCUGCGUUCCGCUCUCACGGAGCUCACCAGAUACAUUUCGGAGGAUCAUUUGGAGGUCGCAGCAACAGCUGCGCCGCCUCCCAACAAGCUGGAGUGGCUGGAACGCCGAAUCAGCCAGCUGGUGGCCAAACGGAAUGGUCCAUCCAUUGAGAAGCGACUGCGGCUACUGGAAGAGGUGACCGGCAGCCAAGAGAUCUUUCAACGUGUGCGCAGCCUGGAGCAGCUUCUGGAAAAGCUGGAUUUUGAUGCUGUCAAAGAGGUGCCGCCUCAGCUGAUCAUCGUCAAAGAAGAUCAGGAAACCUUCAAGCUGGACCUUCGCCGCGAGGUUCAGGAGCUGAAGGUCCUGGUGGGAUGCAUGGAGGCUUGCGUGCCCAAAGAGACCAGGAAGGCAAUCCAGCUCUUCAAGAGAGGUGCCGGCGUUUCUGACGAGUUCCAAAACUUACUGUCGUUUUUGCAUGAUGCUGAUUCCUGGAAUCGUGACUGCAGCACUUUUAAGAUCAGCAUCCAUUGGAUAGCAUUGGAAGCUGUGAAGAUGGUGAGCUGUUCGUUUAUGGCGCUCUUUCCCAGCCUUCUGGGCCUUUUGGGCUUGGCGGGCAUUGGGCACCACUACUAUCGCCAUGGCCAUGAAGGCUUGGGAUGGCAUGGCCACCACGGCCACCACGGCCACCACGGCCACCACGGACAGCACGAGCAUUCGGAGAUGAUGCAGAAGAAGUGUGACGAAGGCUUCAAGAUCAUCAAGUGCCACAGGCAAUGCGGAGAGGACAUGCAGUGUCAUGACAAAUGCCCACUGCCAGAAUGUCCCAAGAUGGCAGCCAAAGUGAAGGGAAUCAUCCAGUGCAAUGUGGAUUGUGGCUCGGACUUUGCCUGCCGGGAGUCUUGCAAUCGCCCUGUGAAGAAGUUCGUGGAGAUGUGCAGCAUGAAGAAGCCGGACUUUGAGCAUUUCAAGCCGCCCCCAGCCCAAUUCAUUGUGUCAAAGUUCCGCACUUGCAAGAAGGAGUGCCAAGGUGAUACUGCAUGCAUGGAGAAGUGCCCAAAGCCAUUCUGGAUGGGAUUUGAGAAGACUUGCCAAGAGGCUAUCCCCAUUAUGGAAUGCCAUGGGGCUUGUGGCCACGACCACGGAUGCCAUGUGAGUUGCCCACGGCCAAGCUGCCCUCACAUGAAAGCACAAGUGGAGGAGACCCUGGAGUGCCAUGGACAGUGCCAGGACCGCGAGUGUCAUCAGAUGUGUCCCAAGCCGAUGAAGAAAAUCCUCAAGAAGUGCAAGGCCUUUGAGGAGCUCGUCUUUGGAAGUCACGCCACUUCCAGCAUGGUGGCUUCGACCACCACCAUGGUGGCUUCGACCAUCACCAUGGUGGCUUCGACCAUCACCAUGGUGGCUUCGACCACCACCAUGGUGGCUUCGACCAUCACCAUGGUGGCUUCGACCACCACCAUGGUGGCUUCGACCAUCACCAUGGUGGCUUCGACCAUCACCAUGGUGGCUUCGACCACCACCAUGGUGGCUUCGACCACCACCAUGGUGGCUUCGACCAUCACCAUGGUGGCUUCGACCACCACCAUGGUGGCUUCGACCAUCACCAUGGUGGCUUCGACCAUCACCAUGGUGGCUUCGACCACCACCAUGGUGGCUUCGACCACCACCAUGGUGGCUUCGACCAUCACCAUGGUGGCUUCGACCACCACCACGGUGGCUUCGACCACCACAAUGGUUCUUCCGGUCACACCAGGCCCACCAGCCAUCAUCCCCAUGUUGCGCGGAUCCAUUCCGGAACCGGUUGAGCAGGAGCAGCUCAUUGACUGCAGCAUGAAGUGCCAGGAUGAUGUGCAAUGCCUUGAAAAGUGCUCAGCUGCCUGGGAGAACUUGCAGAAGGAGUGCGUGGAGGUGGCUGAUAUCAUGGCCUGCCACCAGAAAUGCCAGGACGCUGUGUGCCAUAGCAGCUGCCCCGGCCCCAGGGACCCAUGGCUCAAAGAGAAGGUUGAUGCAAACAUGGCUUGUCACAAGGAGUGUGGUGAUGAUGGUGAGUGCCACCAGCACUGCACGUGCCCCUUCAAGGAGAUCAAGGAAAAAUGUGCGGAGCUGGGCCCCAAACCAGGCAGCUGGAAGAUUUUGAACCCCACAGAGGAGUUCAUCAGCCCUCAAGAGCUGAAGACUCAUACCCAGCUAAUCUCCAUGCGGGAGGAGCUACAAGGUCAGUUUUCAGAGAUGGAGAUGAACGCUGCACAACGCUACGACAACAUGAACGCUCAAUUGCAGGAGUUGGAGAUGAAACAGGAGAGGGUGGAGCAUUUGAUGAAGGGGAAAUCAAAGUCUGUUGUGGAGGCCCCAAAUCCCGAUGGUUUUGUGGCGCCAGCGGGAUGGCAGAGAUGA